AUGAAAAGGUGGAAUGAAAUGAGGCAACGCGAGAAAAACUUCAAAAGCAAUGUCGAGUCUUCUGAUAAAUUGAAAAAGUAUGCUGAUACAGUCAUUAAUUUUCCAGCGAAUACGCUCUCUCGAAAGUUGGAUGAUUCUAUCCACCAAAAUAUAUUGCGAUCUUUUUAUACUCUUUGGAAUAUUGAGAGCAUCGCACGAAACCGUCUCAGAACCGUAAAAGAGAUUCGAGAUUCUUUGAUGAAUUUGUCGAGAUCUUCUGCAGUUGAACAAUAUCUCAAAAAAGCGCCUGAAGGAGGUUUGAGCAGUAAUAUUAUUUGCGAGGACCAAUUAUCUCUCAAGGCUAGAUAUGUCUUGGCUCAAUGGACUCAUUUUGCUUGCAUUAAUGGCGAUAAUGGUAAUGAUAAUGAUGGAUUUGAAUCGGGAUAUGAGGAAGAUCCAGUCAUUAUGUGGAACCACAUUUGCGAUUCUCUGAACUUCGAUAAUUUGAAUUUGCGACUAUUAGAUUCAAAGAAUCGGCCAUCAGUCGUUUCAGAACCAUCGAUCUUUUAA